AUGCGAUGGCGGGCCUGGAGGUGUCAGGGCAACAGGGACCGGAUCGGGCGGUGCCUGACGGUAGGUUUUGGAAUCGCCAUCUGAUUUAUCCGUUCCAAUGUUUUUUUGGUCUGUGGUUUAUUAUUCUUUUGUGAUCUGGCAUGAGGGAGUGGUGGUUUUCCGUCUACCUCGGGGCCUAAUUUACUUUAAUUGAUGGACAGCGGGGUGUUUUCGGUGGAUCCCGCUGUUAUUGUCUGUUAUAUGUUAGUCUUGGUUGCAUAUGCCGUUUUUUAAUUUGAUUUUAAUCUGCGGUAGAUUUAAUUUUACGGAUGAAGAUUGGACCUUAGAUUGGCUCUACGACGCAAAAGCUUUCAGUGGAUCGAGGAAGCCAUAAUGUGUGAUCCGUAAAGAGAAUAUGUGAGACUCUCAAUUUAGCAGCUUAGAUAGGUAGGAACUGUGUUAUUGUCCCCCGAGAACUUGAGAUGCAGUCAUUUUUGAGGCUCCAUUGCCCAUCGGUACUUCUUUUUCUUCGGAAUCUGCAUUUCAUUUGUCAUAAAAAUUUCUUGGCACAGUUCAUCACGCUACUGUCGAUCUGGUUUUGAAAACUUUGCAGUUGUUUUUAUCAUGGUGCGGGUCUUUUAUUUGAAGUUUCUGGUGUUACGUGGUUAAGGUUUCUGGUAUUUCUCUUAUUAACAAAAGACGUACUUGAAGGUCACCUUUUUGUAAUGCCUUUUAUUGCAUUAAUUAUUUCAUAUCUUACGGCUUUGAAGCUACCAGUACAUUUUCUCUUAUUACGUCAUAUAUUCUCUUGGUUUUUUUUCCCUUUCUUCAUUUACUGGAUGGUUUGAUAGGCAUACAUCUUUUAGAAGGUUUUAUAAAUUCUGUGGCAUAUUGGUGAUUCUGUGGAGUUCUCUCAAUGAGAUCCUUCCUUUUACUAUAUCAUGCUAGUAGUUUCGCACUUUAUAUGAAGUAUUUUGUUUUAUAAGUUAUUAUUUGUACCUUUGUAUUCGCCAGGAGAUCUACAAUUACUCCUCAUUUGAAGAAGAAGGAACUGUAGGAAAGGAUGCUUUCACCUCAAUUCGUUGUAUCUCUUCCUUUUCCUUGUGGACUCAUGGUUCUUCUCUGCUCUCUCAGGUUCUACUGCGUUAUUUAGAAAGCUUACACAGUUGACCCAUAGAAUCUUGGUUAGAGAAGCGCAUAUUAGGAAUACUUCUGGUUCGACUAUUUCCAUUCAUCCUGCCAUUUAAAUGGUAUGAAACGAUUCCGGGUUCACUUUCUAGAUAUAGAAAUAGCACGAGGAGAUAAGGCAGGUGAAGGCAAAAUAGUAAAUCUUAUCAGCCAGAUGCAGCCAUUCAUGAGCAGUUCACAAUCAUUUAAUUUGUGGCCACAUGCCACGAACUAUGAUGGUGAACUAGAGCAUGAAGAACCUAAUUCUGAGGCAUUCGGGGAAAUGUUGGCUUUGGCUACUUCAUUGUGCAGCGGGGGAGAAAGAGAGGAGAGGACAGAUCGAUUAAUCUCCCUUGGAAAAGAUGAUUGGGUUUGCCACUGGGGCAGAUGUUGCUGAUGCAUUUGGAUUGUGGCUUUGUGGUGUCAGACUGUGUUAACUGCCGAUAUUAUUUAAGGUUUUUUUAUUUAUAUAUUGAAGGGGGUAGUUUUUUUUUUGGUCGUAGAUUCCUUAGAAGGUAGUAAAGGUAGUAAAAAAGUAGGAACGGCAGGAAUCUAGUGAAGAAAAAAUGGUGCCAUAGUUACUAACAUUGAGCGGUUUAUUUUCACUUCUUCUGUGGGUGCAACUCCAUCUGAAUGCUGCUUUGUUUUCAUGGCAUGAUAAUCGGUGCGCUGGGAAUGAUUUAGUAGGAAAUAUGAUCUAUUGACUGGGGAAUCCACCCUCCAGUUAUAUUCGUAUAAAAAAUGGUUUUCCAUCUGAUAUUUGCUCAAUUCGGAGGCAUAAAAUCUUCAUAACAGGUUCCAAAACACCAGAUAUUAUUUUGGUUUAUUUUUGUCCGAUAUGUUAAAGGAAUAAGAAUUUAUCUCCAGUUUUUGUACAUGUGCUGACGGGAGUAGGGAAACAAGGCUUCUUUUUCCAAGUGCUGUGCGUUGUUAUGCCUUUAGGGAUUUGGAGAUAAGGCUCGUAUUUGACCUCAUCAAGUGUUCUAGUCGUAGGCUGAAAGUAACCUUGGUUCCCAAUGGCUGAAACGCAUCAUUUAUUUUUCCUUGUAUCCUCUGUCCAAUGAUUUUUUGUGACUAUCUCCGAUGGCUAUCCAUUGCUUAUUUCCCAGCCGUGGGAACUGAGUAUUUUCUCUUUAUUCCUUUUAUUUUCUCUGGUGGCCCAUCGUUUUCCGUUAUUAUUUUUUUUCUUCGGUUUCAUUUUAAACGUACAUGUUUGAACUGUAUUUUUGGUAGCUGGAAGGCAGGGUGCCUCAAUGCUGUUUGUAUCUAAUGAACUUGAAAUAAACAUAGCACUUUUUAAUCCCUUCUUUAUUUGCAGGAUUGUCCCCUUUGCUCAUUAUUUUGUAAAUAUGUGCCUAAAGCUACUUAUUAUUCUGAGCGAUUUUGUUCACUUGUUCUGAGAGUAGUUAAUACCACAUAUUCAUUUAAGUAUUAAUAAGAAAAAGAUGUACAGAUGUUUACGAUCAGGUUCACCAAAAAUAAAAAAAAUUAAGAACAAUAAGCUGCAGAAAAUUGGUGUAAAGCAUGUUAGAAACUGAAGGUACUGAAAAUGACGGAAUUGCUUCCUUUUCACUGCAUAAAAUUUCGGUCACUUUCAAUCUAAGAUAAAUAAGAGCGAAACAUGUUCCCUGCAAAGAGAUUGUUCCACUCCAGAUUAGCCCAAAGGAUAUGUGGGAGUAAGCUACCUUAACCUACAAUCCUCUGUGAGUACUGAGUACAUUCUACACUUUUAAUACUAUUAGAGAGCUUCUUGGGGACGAGCUUGUAUGCUUGUCAUGUGAAGAAGCUGCUUCUGUAUCUCCUGUGAAAAAUAUCACCUUAGGAACAUGCGAUCCACGUCCUUUAAUUCUUCUCCAGGUUGGCCGAGGGAAGUUUUGUUCCCAUCCAUAUGAAAAGGUAAUCAACCAAGAGGAAGCGGAUUAUGUGUGAUCAAUAGGAACAUUGAUUGGUCUACCAUGGUCAACCAAACAUGAGCCAUAGUUUAUCUUCUACCUUUGAAUAGAACCCUACAUCUAUUGGCUUUCAAAAGAAAAAUGUUUGAGUUAAUAGAUCUUCUGAAAAUUCGUGCGUACUAUGAAGAAAUUUUGUCCCUAUCCUUGUCAAUCAAACUGGUUUUGUACGUUAAUUAAGAUUCUUUGCGCUUCUUGAUUCCCACUGAAGGAAGUACCAAUGGGAAGGACUCCAAUUGGCUAACCAGGAGCAAGUUUUGAGACUUUGAGAGAGAAGAUAAGGGUUUUUGGUCUUCAGGUUUAUGAAAUCUGCAUCGCCGAAUAUUAAAUUUAUGAGCUAAUAGUAAAAGCGGAGAUUGAAAGAUCACUAGUUUGGUAAAGUAUCUUUACGUUGUAAUUUGACAUCGAUUCUACAUUGGAGAUGUUCGAUAUCAAUUAUAUAAAAAUGUCCUUCCGAAUAGUAUUUAGUCAUUAUUGGUUACAUGUUAAAUUUUCUAUGGUGACAGGGUCCAGAAACGUCUAUGAAUUAGUUUUGGAAUAACAAGAGCAAGAACUAGCUGAUAAAAAUGGAAUGAUUACAGCGUUUGCUCCUUAUUUUAGAUAAUUCUAAAAGACAGUUUCCUCCAUGUUUCUGUUAAUGUUGUAUCUUGUUGGUCAGACUUUAUGAAAAACAAGAUAUGCACAGGCAUUCCGUCUUUUUUAGGCGAGGUGGAAAAUGUUUUUAUUUUUGAGGAAGAUCAUUCUUUUAAAUUCUGAAAACUCAAGCCUUCUGCUAUCAGGCGAAUUAUGUUGUGGCAGUUUUCCCGCUACAUCUUUCUUCCUAUUUUUUUCUUUUUAUGUACAUUUCACUGUAACUUAAAUGAAAUUUUGACAUACUCUGGAAUACAUCUGAAGGUCUGACUUUCAGAACGGGUCAUCUUAGUUUAUUGUCCAAGGAUCAUGUCUCUCAUCAGGCCAGUUUGUAUUACUCAGUUUCCUUGAAGAACUUGCUUAGGUGUUCCAUUCAAUGGACACUUUCUCUGGAUAGGAGGUGGAGGCAAUGUAAGCAUUUUUAAGCCUGAGAAAGCUGCUGUCUUUCCUUGAACUCCACAAUCCUAUUUCUAUUCCCAAGUCGUGUAGAUUUGGAAUGCUGUCAUCGAUUCUUAGUUCUGGGGAUUUCUGAUUUGAAUAUAUUGGAUCGUGGCUCGGAGUUUUUGGGGAUAUUGCUAUAGAUUAAGCAGCUGGUUGGAAUUUCAGAAUGGACUAAUUUAACCCUCUUUUGUGUUUUAAUUUUAUCAUUUAUGCUUUUCCCCGAGCAUUAAGAAAGCUCUCUUCAUUGUUAAUAGCGUUCUGAAAUUUGCAGUAAAAUUUAUAUGAGAUGAGUAUAUUUUAAAAUAGAGUUUAUCAGAAUUCGUCCUUUAUUUUUUUAGUUAUAAUAUUUAAUUUAUGAGGGAUAUCCUAUUUACUACUCAUGCAUGAGGGUUUAAACGUUCAUAAUUUUUUUUUCAUAUGCUUUUUCCAGAGUCUGCAGAAUCUCUUGGCACAUUGACGAUAGCUGAUGAAGAAGAACCUUCUGGUUCAGAGAAUCUGAAAGACCAGGUAUCUUUUUAAUGAAUAUAUAACAUCUAUCGUUUAUGAAAUUCAUGGUAAUUUCGGCGGUUAUAUGUCAGAUUUCUUCAACUAAAGAUGAAAAGAUAACAUCUCCAAGAGUUCCGUCCAAUGCUACUGCCACUGAUCCCCCUGAGGAGACAACCAUCCAACUGGGAUCAUUUGAUGCAGGUCCUGAUGGUAAUAGCUACCAGCCAAACACGUAUCAACAGGCACACACCAUAUAUUAUGGAGGUCAGUGCAACUAACAUCAGUUGGGGACUUGCUGUCUACACCUGUUGCCAUUUUGGACAGUUUUAUCUGAACAGAUGACCCAUAAAAGGAUUAACACUUUUUCUACCAGACGGAUUAUAUGUUACUAGAACAUGGCGCAACCUUUUAUUCAGCAGACCUCCAUACAUGGGAUUCUAUCAGUAUCUUAAAAGAAUAAGACCACAAAAUUCCUGUAUAUUUUCUAUCAAAGAUCCUUAUCAUUUCUGUAGCUAUGGUGUGCAAAAAGUAAAAUUGAAGGUACCAUGGGAUUUUUUAAUGAAAAAUUAAAACCAUGAUCAGGUACUAGAGCCGUACAAAUCUACUCUGGUACAAAUCCAGUAAAUAUACUGGAUUGUUUAAUUUAUACCAUACUUGAGUUUGACCCAAUUCCGAUUUCGGGUUUGACCGAGAAAAGAUUAGGAGCACCCCUUCAUUUUGCCCUGUCAGGAGAUGUGUCACAUUUUAUGACUCUAAGCUGUAAGGUCGUAGGCCGUCACAUUUCUCUGUGGCGCUAGUUACUAUGUAUAAACUAAAAUCAUGGGUAUAUUUCUUAGAGUUUAACUAAGAAAUAUACAAUGUAACUAGAUGUUCUUGAAAAAGCAGAAUUGGGUUAUAAUAUUAUAUUGAUUCGUGUUGUUGAUAUAAAAAAUAUGAUCAAUGAAUUGAAUUUUCCCAAGUUUUGUGAAAUUUAUUUUCAAGACCAUUACCGGAAAUAUGAAAGAAAAAACUUGGAAAUAUGAAUCAAUAAAAAAGCAUGGGCCAACAUCAAUGCAAGUAAAAAGGAACAGAAAAUAUCCUUCUCCAGGUGAAGGGUGGGAAUUCCGUAUCUAAUAAAUAUCUGUCUGUCAAUAUUUCCCAUUAUCCAAAACCUCGAAGCUGCUCUCAAGAACUAUCUUUAUUCUGAAUGAAUUGUAGUGAUAUUUUCUUAUAUUUCCAAAUUAAGAAUUUUUCUUUCUCAGUGGUUACAUUGAUAAUUCUAAAAAAUAUUUAAAUAAGAAUUUACGUGAGAAUGCAUGAUAUGAUGCUUCUUUGUUCUAGAAAAUUAAAUGACGAAUUGUAGUGAAAUACAGUACAGAUUCCACAUUGAUUUUCUCCUAUCAUGUUUUGACUUCUUGGUGUUAACUCUAGAAUUUUUGAAAAUUUGGAGCUGUUAUUGAGGGCUGUUAAGCAUCUUAAAAGUAAACAAACUACUAUGUAGUAUACAUUGCAAGUGGAUGAUUACUGCCUUUCACUCCACGAGGCGCUCAUUCUCCAAUAAUCCACUUUUAUUACUUCUAUUUCUUUUCUCCAAUUUGAGUAAUUUUUACCUGCGUAUGGUAUCAUUUUUCUCAGGUUAUGAGAAUUCUCGAGCAAUGUGGGAUGAAUAUCCUCAGUUCUUGAAUUCUGAAGGGAUGGAAUUGGGAUCACAUGUAAGUAUGGGGGGGAAAUACACUAUUGAUCUUUCUGUUUCGCAUUAUUUCCCUUUCCUGUGGGUUGAUCCCUUUUUUUCUCCUUUAUUCAUCUGAAGGGUGCCCUUCCUCUCAUAUUCCAUACUGGUUACGGGUACAGUCCUCAGAUGCCUUUUGGACCAUAUUCUCCUGUCACUACACCUUUGCCUUUGGUGAGGAGAGAAAGCCAGAUGUACUCCACCCAACAAUCCCAUUUUACUGGGCCCUAUUAUCAACAACCAGGCCCUAAUACUGUGGCAUAUUUGAAUUCACCUUCAUCAUCAUCUCAAGCAAACUUGACAACAUCAAUUGGCGUUCAGCAGAAAGGCACUAUUCUUACUGAUCCGAAUUCCAUUGGUAUGUUGUUUGGGCCUGGACCUAGUUUUGCUGCUUCAAAUGGAUCUUCUGGGGGAGGAAACAUUUCUGGCAGUUCUGGUAACCCAUAUUUUCAUGAUACGUGGCAAGUGUUUGAUGGAUUUGGUCCUGGUGGCCUCUGGUCAGAUUGGUUGAAAUCACCAGAUGGGCUGAGGCCUAUGACUCCGUUGUCACCUGCAGCUUCACCACAACCAAUUGGAGUUGGGACAUUUGGACAUGGUCUAUCUCCCUUUUCUUCUGGAAUGGUACCUUUCAUUUAUGCGUCUAUAGAAUAAUAUAACUCCUCUCUUAGAAAUCAUAGUAUCAUGUUGCUACCGAAAAAAAUCCUACCUGUAUUACAAUAUUGCAAUAGGUUUUUGAGGUUCAAUCCUUAUUUACUAUAAUUUCUUGUCUAAUGUUGUCUCUUCAGUUGACGGUUUUUGCUGAUAUUUGACGAAGUAUUUAUUCAAGAGGAUUCAGAUACAUAUUUACAAAAGAAGCCAUGGAAAUUUUGAUAUGUUAUCAUAUAUAUGGAUAAAUCUAAAAUAAAAGAGAAAAUAUAUUGAGAAGAAAUGGCAGAUAAUCUUCACCAUUAGAAAGGAGAAUAUUAAGAAUCUGGGGACUUUGGGAAAAUAAAAAAAAAAUGGAAGAAUUAUGAGAAAGUGCCUUUUCUUUUCGUCAUCUCAGGAUCAGGCUGAAUCAAGCAUGAGUCCAGACUGUGAACAGCAUCUUGAAUGGCUGAUUUGGUACACUAUAACCUAGAAAGAAAAUGUGAUGCUGACAAUUCUUCAUAUCGGCCACAGAGUCCAUUGAAAUCGAGAGACUGGAAGUUAUUUUCUCCCUCAUCCAAAUCAUCAAAUAAUCCUUGUAUUUUUCUUCCUUAUCUACAAUGGAUAUGUGGUGAAUCUAGAUUCCAGUUGGGAUUUCAUAGCUCAAAUUCGAUUAUCCAGAAAGCAUAGAAAACUGGAUAGAAAGGGAAUGUACUGUUUCCUAAUCCUCGCUGGAGAAGUUUCUACCUUUAGCAGCUUAUGGAACGUACCAGACAUAAAUAAAAUAUCCUUUAUAACAUUUAAUUUGAUGUUAAUAUUCCUCGAAUGUCUAAUACCAUUUUCAUCAUAGCUCAGUUUGAUUCCAAUAAAGAAUUGGCAGCUACAUAUGAAAGAUAGUGUAAUGUAUCCCUAUCCUGUCGUAGAAAAGUUUCUACCUUCAGCACUAGUAUGAUGGAUUGAACAUAAACAAACUUCUCUGUUAGACUUGGACGUUUGAUGCUGAGUUUCCUAGAUUCCUAAUAUUAUAUCUACUUGGUUUGGGGAAAAGAGAGUUAACUGAUUGAGAGUAUAUGACAAAAAAUCAACCAAAUUUCCAACUAGUGAUUGGUUUUUCCUUUUUCCUUUUCUUUGAAGAAAGAUAUAAAGCUGCCUCCAUGUGUUCAAUAUACUGUUUUUCUUCCUCGCACCAUCUCAACAUGACUCAUGCCUUGUGAAACUCACUUCUGACUGACGUACCUCACAUAAGGAUAUUUCUUUGAUGAUGUCUACUUUUUUAACGUUUUCCCUAAUCUGGCAGAACUUAUAUUAUAAUGUCCUAAUUUGCUGCCUUGAACAAAAAUCAGUGAUCAAAGUUUCGUUUGAGGGAGCUUACCCUGUCUUUUUAUUUUGUGGAGUGACAGUUGAGAUCGUCAACAUCAGCGCUAAAAAUAGAAUUAAGUAAGCUGUUGUGUGGGAUGCUCAAACACUGCCAAAUGGUCUUAUGGGAGCAGGUCUCAUUACUUGUCACAUGAGAGGGCGCUGUUCUUAUUGCCAAAUAAACUCGAUUUCUGGUUAUAAAUACCCAUUAUUAUGAACGAAGAAGAUAAGCUCAGGGAGCAGGAAUGGGAUAUGAUAAUGUUGAAUCAUGAAAAUAAGAGUUGAGGAUCUAAAAUAGGGUGAUUACCCUGAGUAGUGUUAAUGUCAUCCAUAAUUAUUUUCUCUGUUUAUCUGACAUCUGUUUCUAUCUUUCCAUGUGCAUAUACACCCCUUAUUAGCCAAGGAAACUAAUAGGACUCGAGCUCUCUUAGGAAGUAGGUCGAGGAUCAACAUUUCUAACAAGAAUCGCAAUCAAACUCCACCUUUCUCUUAUAGAUACCUGACGACGUUCACUCGUGAUCUUGUGUGAACUUCUGGAAGCAGUUUUACGAUUCAUUCAGACUCAAUACUUCCAUUCAUUUAUCAUGGUGUCGGUCUAGAUUAUGCAGCUUCUACGCCGUUGAAUGUGUUUUUAUGUUACCAAAGCAGAUAAAGUUAAAGAUCCUGAUCAAAGAUAAUUUCUUCUAAGUCAUUUAUAUUUUUGUUACUGUCUCUCAAGAUUUUAUUGAGCACACUGGUUGCUGUAUUCAAUUAUUUUUUCAUGAACUUCUACUGGUUAGUUUAAUUCCGCAUCUAAAUGCCCAGGGAUCUCCACGGCAAAGACCCUAUGAUAGAGAGUACCAACGCGGAGGAAUACGUCGUCAAGGAACCGAUUUUGCGGUUAACGUGGGAUUGAAUGGUUACGGAUUAGUCGCCGUUGACAAAGGCCGACCGCGAGGAACUGGCAGUGCUGAUUUGUGCAGCUGCAACGGUCCACUUGACUUCCUUAACGAGCAAAACCGUGGACCACGGGCUAUAAAACCAAGGAACUUGGCUGGAGAUCCAAAUUCACCCGUUGAUGUAAAGUCAACAGGUGUUCGAGUGGACUACGAAUCCUACAACAAUCCGGACUUCAAGACCGAGUACGACGACGCCAGAUUUUUUAUCAUCAAAUCCUACAGUGAAGAUAACGUGCACAAGAGCAUCAAGUACGGUGUCUGGGCGAGCACGCCAAACGGGAACAAGAAGCUGGACGGCGCUUACAGUGAGGCAAAGGGAAAGGGAGCCGAAUGCCCGGUCUUUUUACUCUUUUCGGUAAUUUCUCUAUCCGGGUACCUGUUUGUUUUUUUUUUUUUUACCUGAAAAGCAUCAUUCGCUGCCUGUUGAAAGGUGGCCCCAGUUUUGGCGGUGGUCAGCUUUGACUGGGUUGAACUGGACAUAGGUCAACGCAAGCGCACAUUUCUGUGGGGUGGCGGAGAUGGUUGGGGCGGUGAAUUUUGAGAAGAGCGUGGACUAUUGGCAGCAGGACAAGUGGAGCGGUCAUUUCCCCGUUAAGUGGCACGUGGUGAAGGAUGUUCCCAACAGCCUGUUCCGUCAUAUCAUCCUCGAGAACAACGACAACAAGCCUGUGACGAACAGCCGAGACACGCAGGAGGUGCCGAUCUUCUUCAUUUUUCUAUUUCUCUACUCCCUAUUUCGCGCCUGAGCUCUCCAUUCAUGGGGUAAUCUGAGAAACAGUGGUUUGCUGUGUCAUAUUAGAAUGGGGGAGCAGCCAUCGCUCUCAAGUAAAAUGAGAAGGAGGGAUGUUAAAUACGAGGUUCUUUCGUCUGAUUCCAGACGGAUGAAAUGAUCUUCGUCUUCCACCUCAUUAUUAAUUAGGUCAGAUCCACGAGCUAGUUAAUAUCCUUGCAAAAUCAUGUGGGCUCUAUCUCUGUGCAGGUGAAAUUGGAGCAGGGCCUGGAGAUGCUGAAUAUCUUUAAGAACCAUGAAGCUCGGAUGUCCAUUCUCGACGACUUCGAUUUCUACGAGGAGAGGCAGAAAGCCAUGCAGGAGAGGAAAGCCCAUCAGAGGCAGCAGCAGCAGCAGCAGCAGCAGCAGCAGGUGGACAGUUCGCCAGCGCAGUUUCCGGCGAUGUCGGUGGGCGGCGGGCGGUACAAUCCGGGGACGGCCGCCGGCAGCGGCGACUAUGUGAGCCAGUCGUUUGCGAAGACGUUUGCGCAGGCCGUGAGGCUGGACGAGAAGAAGGACGAGUCGGCGGCGACGACGGUGGCGGGGGAGGGGGUCCCCGCCGCCGCCGUCGCUGCUGAAUGCUUCCCAAAUAUGGGCCUGGCGGCGCCGGUGAAGGGCGGCGGAUAG